AUGGAGGCCUUAGAAGAAAGGAAUCGUGAGCUCUCUGAAGAACUCGCACAACUUAAGGAACAAAUGGUUAGGAUGUUUGAGGCCAUGAUCAAAAUGCAACAUGACAACGACUAUGCCAAUGUUUAUCUAAGUGCUCUAGAGAUCUGCUUCUUCCAGACGUGUUUGGGGCUUGUGGUGGUGGUGGAGGGGCUUGAGGGAAAUGACGUCGUCAGAGCCCACCGCCACUCCACCUUCAAAACGGGCCUCAGGCCCACCCCCACCUUCGUCCCUUCCAUCGUCGCCACGCCCAAUUCCUCCCUCCUUAGUGAAGAAGCCUUCAAAGGACUAAGCCAAGGCUUCGACCCAAACGACCACGACUUCGACCAAAAUUCCCAUUCCGAAACUGCCAAGCCCGACAAACUCGACAUUUCCAAGCUCCACUUGCCCACGCACCUUGUCAAAACCCUCCGCACCCGAGGGAUUACGCACCUUUUCCCUAUUCAGAGAGCUGUGUUAGUACCUGCACUUGAAGGCAGAGAUAUCAUUGCUCGAGCCAAGACCAGCACCGGUAAAACAUUGGCGUUCGGGAUUCCAAUUAUUAAAGGCCUCACUGAAGAUGAACUUGCACCUUCUCACAGGCGGUCUAGUAAGCUUCCGAGAGCUUUGGUGCUUGCGCCUACAAGGGAGUUGGCCAAGCAAGUGGAGAAGGAGAUAAAGGAAUCUGCGCCUUAUCUCAACACUGUUUGUGUCUACGAGGGUGUUUCUUAUGUUACCCAGCAGAGUGCACUUUCACGUGGUGUGGACGUGGUGGUUGGGACUCCAGGGAGAAUAAUUGACUUGAUAAAUGGGAACAGUCUUAAGCUAGAUGAAGUUAUCACUUAAUUUUUUCACUUUCUUUUGUGAUUUAAAGUUCAAAUUCAGAAGCUUAUCUUUUCUUUCACGAGCAGGCAGCCAAGGAAACAACUACCACGAAUGUUGUUGGGGAAAAUUUAGGAAACUGUUCGGAGGAUUUACUUGCGGCUAGAGAUCUUGAUUAAGCCUGUUUUGUUUCUUCACUCAACAAAUAGAUUGAACUAAUAUUAAGAUUUAGAGAUUUAGUACACUCCAUUUAUAUUUAUGCAGAAUAUAUUCUUUCAAACAGUUUGUGGAUGAAUUGUGAGGCUGUGGAUGGAGAUGGAGGUGGGUCAUUGUCUUAUCAUAAGCAAAGAAGAGGUGGGGAGUUAGUUAAUUGGGUGAGGGAAAGAAAGAAAAACACUUCAAAUUUCUGUCCCAUACCAUUUUCAUUGGACUAAAGUCCACACACACUGU